UAUUUCACUCUUUAUCAGCUUCUCUCUCUAAAAAAAAUCUCCAUUGCACUCUUUUCCAUUAAAAAAUGAGCUCUCAGAUUAUCAGAUCUGCUUCUAGAGCGGCCAGGUCUCUUCUCUCCGCUUCUAAGACCUCCUCUCGUUUCUACUCCGAAGGGAGAGCUGUAGCUGCUGCAGCAGCAGUGUCAUUAAGUGGAAAGGGUUCAUCUUUUGGGAGGGCUGGUUCUGCUUCAACUGCUUCUAAUCAAUGGAUUUCUGGAGUCCUUGCAAUUCCUGCUGCAGUUUACAUGCUUCAGGAGCAGGAAGCACAUGCUGCAGAGCUGGAGCGAACUUUCAUUGCAAUCAAGCCUGACGGAGUGCAGAGAGGACUGAUUGCAGAAAUCAUUGCUCGUUUUGAGCGUAAAGGGUUCAAGCUUGUUGGAGUGAAAGUUGUGGUUCCUUCAAAGGACUUUGCUCAGAAGCAUUAUCAUGAUCUCAAGGAAAGGCCAUUCUUUGAUGGUCUUUGUGAUUUCCUUAGCUCUGGUCCGGUUAUUGCUAUGGUAUGGGAAGGAGAAGGAGUGAUUAAGUACGGAAGAAAACUCAUUGGAGCAACAGAUCCUCAGAAAUCUGAACCUGGAACUAUCCGAGGUGAUCUUGCAGUCGUUGUCGGAAGAAACAUCAUCCAUGGAAGUGAUGGACUAGAAACUGCCAAGGACGAGAUUAACUUGUGGUUCAAACCAGAGGAAUUGGUGAGCUAUACAAACAAUGCUGAGAAGUGGAUUUAUGGAACCAAUUGAUGAAAAAGAUGACUAGUUUUCAAAUUUUCUCUGAGAGAUUUAGAUCCCAUAUUUGAGGUGGGAAGAGUCAGAAUCAUUAGAAUAAAAUUGUUUAUGUUGAGGGAGGCAUAGCCUUAGUGGGAUUAAAACUUCACAAUAAUCUAUUUGCCUCUUUUCAUACUUGAUCCUAAAUUCUAAUCAUAUAAUUAUGUAGCAUUCAAGUUAAUUAUUUUAGAUUAA